AUGGAUGUAGUGAGGCAAGCAUGCGAGAGUGCCUUCAAAAGCUGGUCACAAGUCACAGACUUCACGUUCAGCAAAACUGAGGGUGAAGAUGACACAUCUGACAUAGUGAUAUGGUUCAACGGCGGCAACCACGGCUAUGGCUAUCCCUUUGACGGGCCAAGGAUAAUGCUGGCUCACAUGUUUCCACUGGAAGAUGGGAGGCUGCAUUAUGAUACAGAUGAGGAGUGGACCACCAAUCCAAUAGGAGGGUUCCCCCUUGUGGAAGGAGGAGGUCCUCUCCCAGAAGGUGAAGGACACCAACAGCAUGGAUAUUUCACAGAGGUUGGUUCAGCACAUGCAUGCAAGAGAUGGGAGUGA